AUGCUCGCACGUCGUGGGCGUCUCUUUGCACCAUGUUUUGCGUUUGUCUUAUUGCUCGUUGUUUUACUUUGGUAUCAUGACCAACUCGUCAGUUGGACUGAGCGUAGCGAGUCCUUUGCUGCGCCUCCUCCCUCUUCAGAGCAGGAUACCUCCUCGAAUGCAUCCUCAGAUGCGUCUUCGGAUGUUGAGAUAGUCGUGGCCAGUCUCAGGCAUGAAGAUACGUCAUGGCUGCCGACCUACCUGCCUGAAUGGAAGGCAAACGUCUACGUUGUCGACGACCCAGAAGCGCCCCUCACGGUCUCAGUGAAUAGAGGCCGAGAGAGUAUGGUGUACCUGACCUACAUCAUUGACCAUUACGAUCGGCUUCCGAAUAACAUCAUAUUCAUGCACGCAUCGCGCUUUGCCUGGCAUAAUGAUGACCCCGAUUACGAUGCCAUACCCACGCUACGCAACCUUCAGAUUCCCUACCUACAGGAAACUGGAUAUGUCAAUCUCAGAUGUGUUUGGGUAAUCGGAUGCCCAAGUGAAAUACGCCCCGUCGAGGACGAACUGAACAAGGAUGACUCUCGCCCCAUGACCAAAGAUAUAUACAAGCAGGCAUUCGAAGAGUUAUUACCAGAGUUACCGAUGCCAGCGAUUGUCGCUGUGAGCUGCUGUUCACAGUUUGCGGUCACACGCGAGGCCGUUCAAAAGCGACCGCGGGAAGAUUAUCUGAGGUUUCGACAGUGGCUAUUAGAAACGCCGUUAGGGGAUGACAGAAGUGGGAGAGUGUUUGAAUUUGCAUGGCAUAGUGAGUUCAGCUGCCCUUAUUAUCAGAAAAUCCCCCUCUAA